UGUUCUUCACUGCGGUCCAAGAUUUGCCAGGUUCUUCUCCCAGUUCCAGUGGUUCUACCAGAUUAACUCUCCAUCAUGUGCGAAGAGGAGGUUGCUGCUCUCGUCGUCGACAAUGGCUCCGGCAUGUGCAAGGCCGGCUUUGCGGGCGACGACGCGCCCAGGGCCGUCUUCCCGUCCAUCGUGGGCCGCCCCAGGUACCAGGGCGUCAUGGUCGGCAUGGGACAGAAGGACGCCUAUGUCGGUGACGAGGCGCAGAGCAAGAGAGGCAUCCUGACCACCAAGUAUCCCAUCGAGCACGGCAUCGUCACCAACUGGGACGACAUGGAGAAGAUCUGGCACCACACCUUCUACAACGAGCUGCGUGUGGCCCCCGAAGAGCACCCCGUGCUGCUGUCCGAGGCUCCCCUCAACCCCAAGGCCAACAGGGAGAAGAUGACCCAGAUCAUGUUCGAGACCUUCAACACCCCGGCCAUGUACGUGGCCAUCCAGGCCGUCUUGUCUCUCUACGCCUCCGGCCGCACCACCGGUAUCGUGCUGGACACCGGCGAUGGAGUCACCCACAACGUGCCCAUCUAUGAAGGCUACGCCCUGCCGCACGCCAUCCUGCGUCUGGACCUGGCCGGCCGGGACCUGACAGACUACCUGAUGAAGAUCCUGACCGAGCGCGGAUACUCCUUUGUCACAACGGCCGAGAGAGAAAUCGUCCGUGACGUGAAGGAGAAGCUGUGCUACAUCGCCCUGGACUUCGAGCAGGAGAUGGCCACCGCCGCCGCCACCUCCAGCCUGGAGAAGAGCUACGAGCUGCCGGACGGACAGGUCAUCACCGUCGGCAACGAGAGGUUCCGCUGCCCCGAGACCCUGUUCCAGCCUUCCUUCAUCGGCAUGGAGUCUGCCGGCAUCCACGAGGGCACCUACAACAGCAUCAUGAAGUGCGACAUCGACAUCCGUAAGGACCUGUACGCCAACAACGUGCUGUCCGGCGGCUCCAGCAUGUACCCCGGCCUGGCCGACCGUCUGCAGAAGGAAGUCACCGCCCUGGCCCCCAGCACCAUGAAGAUCAAGAUCGUCGCUCCUCCCGAGAGGAAGUACUCCGUCUGGAUCGGCGGCUCCAUCCUGGCCUCCCUGUCCACCUUCCAGCAGAUGUGGAUCGCCAAGCAGGAGUACGACGAGUCCGGCCCCGCCAUUGUCCACCGCAAGUGCUUCUAAAUCUCAACCGAAAAUGUUUAGCUCUUAAACCUAUUCUGAUGUUUAAUGCUACACAUGUCUCGGUAAAAAUGUUGCCUGUUAUUACCAUCAAAAUAACAAUCAUUUUAAAUGUGUAAGGAUAAGAAAAAGUGAUGAAGAUGAGAUUGAAUGCUUCCAGAAUGAACACUAUGCCUGUGGGGCGGCUCUGCUACGUCCUAUAUGAAACGCUGUGAUUUUGGAUGUUUCCGUGAUGGAACGCUGUGGGUGUUGAUACUUUUAUGUAACAUGUCCGAUUAUGUAUCAGGGUGUCUAAAAGCUGUUGGUGAAAUAAAAUAGAUGUAAAUCUGA